AUGAUUGAAAUAAGUGAUAUUUCUAUUGAAAACCAUGAAUCGACUACAUUUUCUUUGGACUUUCAAUUGAAUUAUACUAAUUUUACCCAAGCAUUUCAAAAUAAUUCUAUAAGAUCUAAUACAAAAUGGAUAGACUACAGUACAAUUUGUUCACCACAAGCAUCUUCAGAAGAUUUUUUGUCAUCUCCAGUGUUUCAAGUUUGCGUUUAUUUCAUGUACACUAUAGUGUUUGUUGUCGCACUGUUAGGAAAUGGACUAGUAUGUUUUGUGGUACAAAAUUCACCUCGAAUGAAAACAGUGACUAAUUAUUUCAUAAUGAAUUUGGCAGUAGGAGACAUUUUGAUGACGAUAUUUUGCGUUCCAUUUUCAUUUGUAUCAAUGCUAAUACUACGUUAUUGGCCAUUUGGAACUAUAAUGUGUAAAGUGGUGAAUUAUUCACAAGCAGUUUCGGUUUUCGUUAGUGCGUACACACAUUUGGCAAUAUCAAUAGACAGAUACAUGGCUAUAAUAAGACCACUGCGUCCUCGGCUUGGAAAAUCGAGUGCUAAAUUGGUCGUUGCUGCUGUAUGGUGUGGUGCUCUAGCCACAGCUGGUCCUAUACCAGUCGUGUCAGAAAUUCAAAGACCAACUGACUGGCAUCAAUUAUGUAAAGCGGACAUAUGCCUCGAGCAUUGGAGCAGUCCAAAUCAAAGUCAUCAGUAUACUUGUGCAUUGAUGAUAUUGCAGUUCUUGUUACCAUUAACAGCACUAGUAUGCACGUACGCUCGCAUUGCUCACGUAGUGUGGGGUGGAAGACCUCCGGGUGAAGCACUUUCUGAACGAGAUUCACGUAUGCAACACUCAAAAAGAAAGAUGAUUAAGAUGAUGGUGACAGUUGUCUCCGUUUUCACAAUUUGUUGGCUACCUCUAAAUAUUUUCAUUGUAUUAUGGACGAUCCACGAAAAGGACGAAGGGUGGGCUACCUGGCCGGGAAUGCCUUAUGUUUGGUUUGCAAGUCAUUGGCUGGCGAUGUCCCAUUCCUGUUAUAAUCCUAUUAUUUAUUGUUAUAUGAACGCCAAGUAUAAGCGUGGUUAUAAACAGGCGUUAAGCUGUCUACUAUGUAGUACACAAGAGCCUCCUACUCGCUUUGGCCAUCGUUCUAGCGUCUGUGAAGGCAUGCCUCUAUCAGAAAUUGGAGGGGCAAAUGGAAUAAUGCAUCGAGGUACUUCAAGCAGCUGCGUGAGUCGCUUACAUAGGGCACCCACCUGUACAUCGUGUGCCUCCACGCGACGAGGCCAAGCCAACGUGGGCAGUGCGAGUAAUAAUCUGUUUCUACGUAAUUCGAAUAGUGCCAAGCGUUUAAUGGAAUGUCCUGCUGGAACACUCGGCGUAAACCCGCCGGUGCGUGCUAUAUCUGUGCGAACUCAUUUCAAUUAG